AUGGAUAAAUCUAGUAAACGACGUUAUUCGUCAUCCAGUUCCGACAGUGCUGAGGAAACCCGUAAAAAGGAUCUUAAAGAGCGCGAUGAGUUUGCUAAGAGAUUAAAAAAACGCGAUGAAGAAAAGACGAAAAAGAUUGCUGAAGCUUCCAGCAAGAGGUCUUAUGAAGAAGCUGCAAAGCGCUUGAAACUAGAAGCCCAAGACAGGGAAAAGCUAUUGCCAAAAUUGCGUAUUGACUCUCGUCGGAAGUAUUUGGAAAAGAGAAAAGAGGACAAAGUUAUUGAAUUGGAAGCCGAUAUAGCUGACGAUGAAUAUCUUUUCGAUGAAAACACUCUUACAAAACGGGAAAGGCAGGAGAGAGAACACAAAAAGACCAUCCUUAAACUUGCUAAGGAACAUGAGAAAGCCCGUGAAUUGGAAAAUGUUCAUAGGUAUCAUAUGCCACAAGACUUAGGUAAAGAUGCCAAAGGAGAAUAUAUUGAAGUUGAUGAAAAUGAAAAAGUACCACAUUCAGAGCAACAAAAGUGGGAGCAAGAACAAAUUAAAUCUGCAUUUUUCAAAUUUGGUGCUAAAGAUGCCAAAGGACAAGACGAGUAUGAAUUGCUACUGGAUGAGCAAAUUGAUUUUAUUCAAGCUCUUCAGCUGGAUGGAAGUAAAGACAAAAAAGAACAAGAAGAAAAGUCAGCACAUCAAAAAAUUAGAAUGUCAAUUGAGGAAACUAAAAAGUCUUUACCAGUAUACCCUUUCAAAGAUUCUCUCAUAAAAGCUAUUAACAAAUAUCAAAUAAUGAUUGUGGAAGGUGAAACCGGCUCUGGUAAAACCACUCAAAUACCACAAUAUCUUCAUGAGGCUGGCUUCACCAAAGAUGGGAAAAAAAUUGGAUGCACACAACCUAGAAGAGUAGCUGCAAUGUCAGUAUCAGCUAGAGUGGCGCAAGAGAUGAAUGUGAAACUUGGUAAUGAAGUUGGUUAUAGUAUCCGAUUUGAAGAUUGUACAUCUGAUAGAACUGUUAUAAAGUAUAUGACAGAUGGUACAUUACACAGAGAAUUUUUAUCAGAACCUGACUUGGCAUCUUAUAGUGUAAUGAUCAUUGAUGAGGCCCAUGAGCGCACACUGCACACUGAUAUCCUUUUUGGUCUAGUGAAAGACAUUACUAGAUUCAGACCUGAUUUAAAAUUGCUCAUAUCAAGUGCCACCUUGGAUGCUGAAAAAUUUUCGAGUUUCUUUGAUGAUGCACCCAUUUUUAGAAUUCCUGGAAGGAGAUUUCCAGUAGAUAUCUACUAUACAAAAGCUCCUGAAGCUGAUUAUGUUGAUGCUAGUGUGGUAUCAGUUUUACAAAUACAUGCUACACAGCCUCUUGGAGAUAUUUUAGUUUUUCUUACUGGGCAGGAAGAAAUUGAAACUUGUGUGGAAAUGUUACAAGAAAGAACAAAAAGGAUAGGCAAAAAACUAAAGGAACUUAUUAUACUGCCUGUUUAUGCAAACUUACCCAGUGACAUGCAGGCAAAGAUAUUCGAACCAACUCCAGAAGGUGCUCGUAAAGUUGUACUGGCAACUAACAUUGCUGAAACUUCUUUAACUAUUGACAAUAUUAUAUAUGUCAUAGACCCUGGAUUUGCAAAACAGAAUAAUUUCAACUCGAAAACUGGCAUGGAAAGUUUAAUGGUUGUACCUAUUUCUAAAGCAUCAGCAAAUCAAAGAGCAGGCAGAGCUGGUAGAGUAGCUCCAGGAAAGUGUUUUAGGCUGUACACAGCUUGGGCUUAUAAGUACGAGCUUGAAGAUAAUACUACGCCAGAAAUACAGAGAAUCAAUUUAGGCAAUGCUGUACUAACAUUGAAAGCUUUGGGAAUAAAUGACCUCAUUCAUUUUGAUUUCUUGGAUCCACCACCCCAUGAGACGUUAGUUUUAGCUUUAGAACAGUUGUAUGCACUAGGAGCUCUUAAUCAUCAUGGGGAAUUAACUAAAGCGGGGCGAAGAAUGGCUGAAUUUCCCACUGAUCCAAUGCUUGCAAAAAUGUUACUAGCCAGUGAAAAGUACAAAUGCUCAGAAGAGGUAGUCACAAUAGCAGCAAUGUUAUCUGUAAAUAGUUCAAUAUUCUACAGACCAAAGGACAAAAUAAUACAUGCUGACACUGCUCGGAAAAAUUUCUUCCAUCCUCAUGGGGACCACUUAACUUUAAUGAAUGUAUACAACCAGUGGCUUGGCUCAGACUACUCGGUGCAGUGGUGUUAUGAAAAUUUCGUACAAUAUAGAUCUAUGAAGAGAGCACGUGAUGUCCGUGAACAACUCGCUAGCCUCAUGGAAAGAGUAGAAAUAGAUAUGGUAUCUAGCAUAAAUGAAGAUGCUAAUAUACGUAAAGCAAUAACUGCCGGUUAUUUUUAUCACAUAGCGAAGUUUUCCAAAGGAGGGCAUUAUAAGACUGUAAAACAUAAUCAAACUGUUAUGAUUCACCCCAACAGUGCAUUAUUUGAAGAGCUUCCGCGCUGGGUCAUCUAUCAUGAAUUAGUGUUUACUUCAAAAGAGUUCAUGAGGCAAGUUACUGAGAUAGAAAGUAAAUGGCUUUUGGAAGUUGCACCACAUUAUUACAAGGCUAAAGAACUAGAGGAUUCCACUAACAAAAAAAUGCCGAAAACUAUUGGGAAAUCAUCCAAUAGUAGAUAA